GGUGGGCGGAAGUUACGAUCGCUGUUUUGAAAUCAGGCCGCGGGGGUCCUACAAGCUCCUGCCCUCGCGGAGGCAGGCAGCUUCUCUACGCCGGGCGGACCCCUGACGACUACGCUGCGGCCCUACGGGCCUAAGGCCGCAGCCACGCCAUGUCCACCCCUCCUUUGGCGGCAGCGGGGAUGGCUCCCGGGCCCUUCGCCGGUCCCCAGGCUCAGCAGGCCGCCCGUGAGGUCAACACGGCAUCGCUGUGCCGGAUCGGGCAGGAGACGGUCCAGGACAUCGUGUACCGCACCAUGGAGAUCUUCCAGCUCCUGAGGAACAUGCAGCUGCCAAAUGGUGUCACUUACCAUACUGGAACAUAUCAAGACCGGUUAGCAAAGCUACAGGAUCAUCUUCGCCAACUUUCUAUUCUCUUCAGGAAGCUGAGAUUGGUCUAUGACAAAUGCAAUGAGAACUGUGGAGGGAUGGAUCCCAUUCCAGCAGAGCAACUUAUUCCGUAUGUUGAAGAAGAUGGCUCAAAGAAUGACGACUGGGCCGGCCCACCUCGUUUUGCUAGUGAAGAAAGGCGAGAAAUUGCUGAAGUAAAUAAAAAACUCAAACAGAAAAAUCAACAGCUGAAGCAAAUUAUGGAUCAAUUACGAAAUCUCAUCUGGGAUAUAAAUGCCAUGUUGGCAAUGAGGAACUAAAGUGAUAUUUAAAUUUGCUGCGUUACACAUGUUGAACAAUUUUUUUUCUCUUAAAUA